UUUUGAUUUCAUCCGCCUCACGAGUCCACUUCCGGAGGAGUUUUGCGGCCACAGGAUGUUUAAACCAGAAAGUCACGGCCUUAGCCCGGACUUUCGGCUCACCAAGUUCUCGACGCUACGUGGAUGAGGCUCAAAAGUUCCUCAGGAUGUCCUCAACCGACUUCUUGCAGGAGUGUAUAACGAGCAGCAGCAGCAGGAGCAAUUAGGCGAUAAGGAAACGAAAGAUGAUAAGAGCAAGGAAGGUGUUGGUAUAGGUUUAGAUUCAUCUGUAAUUGCACUCCGUGACGAGCUAUUUUUGGUGCAAUCCGUGGAUUUUUUCUAUCCCCUGAUCGACGAUCCGUUCACGCUGGGCCGGAUUGCGUUGGCCAACGUUGUGAGCGAUGUGUACGCAGUCGGAGCGACUGAGAUUGAUCAGAUCAAGCUCAUCGUUUCGGCACCAACGGAAUUCACCGAAAAAGAGCGGAAUGUCAUCGUUCCGAUGGUGAUGGACGGGUUUCUGGCGGCUGCCAAGGAAUGCAAAGCACCGGUUCACAUUGGCAGCAUCGCAGAGAAUCCGUGGUGCAUCAUCGGAGGAGCCGCAACGGCCGUUUGUCAUCGAUCUGAGUUGAUAAUGCCAUACAACGCACAAGUGGGAGACGCAAUUGUGCUUACCAAACCACUCGGUACACAGCUCGCCACCAACGCUUACAUCUGGAUGAACGAGCAAUCCGACAAUUGGACCCGUCUUCAGGAACGUUUCAGUGUGGCCGACGUAGAGGAAACGUAUCGCAUCGCCUUGGAGUCCAUGUGUCGGCUCAAUCUUACCGGAGCAAAGCUAAUGCGCAAAUACAACGCACACGCAGCGACCGAUGUGACGGGGUUCGGGCUGUACGGGCAUGCGGAAAAUUUGGCCAAGUACCAAAAGGCCGAAGUUGACUUCCACAUCGACAAACUGCCCAUCAUAAAGAACGUGCGCGAGAUGGCCGAAUUGCUGGGCCGUAGUGCGAAACUGUUGGCCGGUAAAGCGGUGGAAACAAGCGGGGGAUUACUUAUUUGCCUUCCGAGUGGUGAUGCAGCGAGCUUCUGCGAAGAGUAUAGAAGCAGCACCUCUCAUUCGGCUUGGAUUAUUGGCAGCGUUAAGGAAGGCAAGCGCAGCGCACAGAUGAAUUUGAACCUAGAGUACAUAGAUGUAGAGUGAUUUCGGAUGAGGGGCCUUGUGGAUCCGUCGUUGAGUGGGCAGGCGUAAAGCGUAUGAUGCGAGUUUCAGAAAAGGCGUAAAAUGCUGGGAAAUUUGUUAAUGUUUUCUUUCGCUGUCCCUCAACUCGGUAUGCACGCCCUUUGUUGAAUAAAACAGGUUUUUUUGGGC